UUCCCUAUAUCAUUAAAAUGUAAUCUAUUUACUAAAAAUGACUAAAUUAUUUUUCGUAUUUCUUUUCGUUAUACUGAAGUCUUGGUGCUUUAGUAAUGAGUUCGUUAUUGCUGACGAUGUCUAUAAAGAAACUAGUUUUAAGACGAGCAGCACUAGAAAACAUCUUAGUGGGCGUAUAUAUAAAGGAACCAACUGCUCUACUGACAAAUAUCCAUUCAUGGUAUUAGUUCUUAUGCAUACUUUUAGACACCCUACAUGGGUAAGACUAUGUGGAGGAUCAUUAUUAAACCCAAUGUGGGUUCUUUCUGCAGCACAUUGCAUAACUGCCGGAAGAAGGUACGGAAUAAAAUAUCAUCUUAGCUAUCAGGAAAGCCAGAUCACGAGAGUGAACCAUGUAGAGGUACAUCCGAAUUUCAAUAGGGACAUUUUUGCGAACGACAUAUCAUUACUUCGAUUAGAAAAACCAGUAGAAAAAUCCACUCAUGUAUCAUAUGUGAAAUUACCGGUUAUUGACGCGAAGUCUGACGAAGCACCUUGCGCGACAGCCCUUGUAAUGGGAUAUGGAGUUAUGGAAACUGGCAAACUUCCUGAUAUUUCCAACUUACAAUGUGCAUUAAUUGCCACAAUUUCUUGGGAUAGUUGCAGCGCUCUAUAUAAAAAACAACAUGACAUUAUUGUGCCGCCCAACACGAUGUGCACUCUAUCUUCCGAGGGAAUUGACGCGUGUCAAGGUGACUCCGGAGGACCUUUACUCUGUGGAAAUGUUCUGUCCGGAAUUGUUUCUUGGGGGGUAGACUGUGGAAUCGUCACCAAUCCAGGGGUUUAUACUAGGGUGUCUCGAUUUUUGGACUUUAUCAUAGAAACCCAGAAAAAAUAUCAGAAUUGGCCUGAGGGUAGGUCCUUAAAUAGUACGGCAAUAUCCUUUCAGAAGCGUCAACUAUCCAGUAUAAUUUUUUUUCUUGUUUGUUUUACUAUACAACUUUGUUUUAUUAAUAAAAAUUUAAUAUACUAAGACAA